AUGACGAAGGUCAUGGGACAGUCGGAAACAGUGGCCAACCAGCGCCAGAUCCCCACCCCUAACAACGAGCAGCUAGAGCUGCUCACGCAGCUGAGGCUGCGGGCAACUGGGCGUACCCAGGUUCGCCGGGCAGUCCUACGGGACGCAUCCCGUGUUAUGUGUGACGUUGAAUCUCUGUUCGCCAGCAAUCGUAACCACCACUGGUCUCACGCGAGCCUGGCUGUGCUCUUUCGGCUGGAACAGACAAUGGCCAACCUUCUAUAG